UAAAUAAUAGUUCAUUUCCCAAACAAAAACAAGACUUAGAACUUAAAAAAAGAGUUUAUAAUUAGAGUCUUUAGACUGCCGAGAAAGAGUUUAUAGAGUCAUGGAAGAUACCAAGAAAAGUAUGAGAAUUCUGAUGCUUCCAUGGCUGGCCCAAGGUCAUAUAUCUCCAUUCUUAGAGCUAGCCAAGAAGCUCACUCACAGAAACUUUCACAUCUAUCUAUGUUCUUCUCCUAUAAAUCUUAGUUCUAUCAAGAAGAAAGUUGAAGAUGAUCCAAAAUACUCCAACUCUAUACAACUAGUAGAUUUUCAUGUCCAAUCUUUUCCUGAGCUUCCUCCACAAUGCCAUACAACCAAAGGCCUUACACCACAUCUCUUGCCAAACCUCAUCAAGGCCUUGAACAUGUCAAGGUCUAACUUCUCCCAAAUCGUCCAGACCCUAAAACCGGAUUUGAUCAUCAAUGAUUUUCUUCCCACAUGGGUACCAGAUGUAGCUUCUUCUAUGAAUAUGAAUAUCCCAACCGUUUCUUUCAUGACUACUGGAGCAUCUAGUCUCACUUUUUUCAUUCAUCUUGUCAGGAACAAAGGUGAGAAAAUAUUCCCGUUCCAGGAAAUCUAUUCUGAUUCCUUGAAUCAAAAGUUUUUCCAAAUGAUAAAAAGAUUGGAAUCCGAUAAUAAAGGUGAAGCUCUCCAAUUCUAUGAAAGAUCAUGUAAUAUCGUUUUGAUAAGGUCUUUUCGAGAGCUUGAGGGGAAAUAUAUGGAUUAUCUCUUUGCUACUUUUGGCAAGAAGAUUGUCCCAGUUGGUCCUCUUGUUCCUGACCCCGACCACGAUGACAACGAAGGCAUGGACAUUAUCAAGUGGCUUGACGAGAAAGAAAAGUCUUCGACCGUGUUCGUUUCCUUUGGAAGCGAGUGUUAUCCAUCUAAGGAAGAUAUGAAGGAGAUUGCUCAUGGCUUGGAGCUAAGCAAAGUGAAUUUUAUAUGGGUUGUUAGGUUUCCAAAGGGAGAGAAAAUGAAGCUUGAAGAUGCUCUUCCAAGUGGAUUUUUGGAAAGGGUAAGAGAAAAGGGAUUGGUUGUUCAAAAUUGGGCACCCCAAGUAAAGAUUUUGGCCCAUGUCAACAUAGGUGGGUUUGUUAGUCAUUGUGGAUGGGGUUCAUUUAUGGAGAGCAUAAGAUUUGGAGUUCCAAUCAUAGCAAUUCCUAUGCAGUUUGAACAGCCAUUGAAUUCUAAACUAGCAGAGGUAUCCAGGAUUGGUAUGGAGGCGAAGAGGGACAACGAUGGUAAGCUUCAAAAAGAAACCGUUGCAAAAGUUAUUAAUGAAGUGGUGGUGGAAAAAAUUGGUGAGGAAAUUAGGAGGAGGACAAAAGAAAUGAAAGACAAAAUAGAAACGAAAGUAGAUGAAGAGAUGGAUGAAGUCGUAAAAGAACUUUUACUGCUUUUGUGAAAUGUAAAGGACUUUGGGCCUCCUCCAAUACAUUAAAUAUGCAAUUUUAUCUAUUUUCUUCUAAUUUCUCAAACAUUGAUGGGGAGUUUGAAUCCCAAUGCUUUCAUGUACGAAAAUAUAUAUAUAAAUAAAUUUAUCUUUUUUGAGUAUUUA